CCAUUUGGCUCGCUCUCCUGGCCCGAACUGGGCGCCCACAGAGCAGGGGCCUCGGUUUCCUCCUGGCGGCCACGGUGUGUGCGUAGGACACACGCUGUCCCCGAACAUCCCUAAUGAGGGACGAAGGGCACCUGGCCCCCAGACGAGCCCGGCGACAGCCCCCGGAGCGCCCGGACGGGACGGAAGCCGUGUCUGCCUCUGCAGAGCAGCCGAGCUCCUCCUCCUGCAGCCAUGAGGCCUGCGGGCCUGCUCCUCGCCCUGCUCUUCUUUCUGAGCCGAGUCCUUGCAGCCAGGGGCAGAUUCAAGGAGAUCUGUGAGCAUCCAAAUGGCUCUUGCCAGGAGUUUUGCCUGGAAACAGAAAUCCAAGCCGGGAGGUGUUUAAAUGGCCAAGCAUGCUGCCAGCCCAUGGUGUUCGAGUCCAUCAUCGAGCCUACUACACCCAAGGAAUGAUCAACUCUUUUUGAAGCUUUGUGUUUCUUUAGAUGUUUUAUUCUCUAUUCUGUGUGCUCUCUC